CUUCCUCCGUCUAUGAGCGUCAUUACAGAUGAAGCUUCGUGUACUCGAAUGAUCAGGGAUUUAAACGCGCGCGAGCAGGGAUGAUCAUAUAACGAUCUUAACCAGCUUUAUUUCCCGCAUAUGCCCACACUAAAAAUCCUCCAUAUAUCCGUCACAGUGAUGGGCUUGAACAGUGCACUGCUUCUGAAACUGGUAUUGCUGGUCGUCUGCACGGCGGCCGUCUCCGCUGCCCAAACCAAAGCUGGUUGCAGCAGCUCGUGUGGGAACGUGAGCAUCCCCUAUCCCUUUGGAACUAGCAAAAGCUGCUACAUCGACCAAAGGUUCUUUAUCAACUGCACAACCACGUCGUCUGGAGAACCCAUAGCGUAUUUGACUCGCAGCAGUAUACCAGUUCUCAACAUCUCCCUGGAUCCUGCUGAAUUGACCGUCUCGGCAGACGUUUCCAGGAAUUGUUAUGACUCCAAGAGAAAUGAUUCAUGGUACUCAAUGUGGUUUGGGAAGUUCACUAUAUCCAACACAAAGAACAGAUUCACUGUGGUGGGCUGUGACACCUACGCCCACAUCAGAGACUUGGACGGAAGCAGGUUUCAAACUGGCUGCUCGUUGAGCUGCAGUAACAAGACUACCUUUGAGAACGGGUCGUGCUCUGGUGUGGGAUGCUGCCAGACCAGUUUUCCCAAAGCCAUCAGGAACUAUACUAUCACCUUAAGAACUUAUGACAAGUACGAGGAUGUCUGGGACUUCAACCCUUGCGGCUAUGCAUUUCUCGCCCAGGAAGGAUCCUUCAACUUUACAUCUCAGGACCUCCUUAAUCUCAGCAACAGAACAAGGUUUCCUGUCGUCAUUGAUUGGGCUGUUGACAAUCGGACAUGCGACGAAGCCAAGAAUACUCUAAGCAGUUAUGCCUGCAAGCAGAACAGCAAAUGCCAGGACUCAGUGAGUGGUAAUGGGUACCUUUGCGUAUGUGAAGAUGGCUUCAAAGGCAACCCCUACCUCUCUGACCCCGAUUCUGGCUGCAAAGAUACUAAUGAGUGCGCCAGGCAGAAUAACUGCAGCAUGAGGUGCCACAACCACAAUGGUGGCUAUACUUGUUCUUGUCCGCUGUGGUAUAGAGGCGACGGCUAUGUUAACGGCUCAGGCUGCAAAUUCCCUGUCUUGGAAAUUUCAUUAGGCAUUUCUAUAGCCUUACUUGUUGUCUUCACACUGGUGUCCACACUAUGUUGGGGUCACAAGCAAAGAGCACUGAUACAACUUAGGAGAAGAUACUUUGAGCAAAAUGGGGGGAAUAUGUUACAACAGCUUCACCACCAACAAGGAUACACGGAUAGAACCAAAAUAUUUACUGAAGAGGAGCUUAAAAAUGUCACAAACAACUUUGAUGAAAGCAGGAUCCUUGGUCGUGGAGGACAAGGCACGGUUUACAAAGGCAUAUUACCAGAUAGCACACCUGUUGCCAUUAAAAAAUCCAAAAUAGGAGGAGGUCCCGAACAAAUUAAGGAUUUUAUAAAUGAAGUGGCUGUGCUUUCUCAAAUUAACCAUAGAAAUGUAGUUAAACUUCUUGGGUGCUGUCUUGAAACAGAAAUUCCUUUGUUAGUUUACGAAUUUGUGGACAAUGGCACCCUUCUUUCCCAUAUAGACCCACUAAAGAAUGAGCACUCUCUUUCGUGGGAGACUCGAUUAAGAAUAGCUGCAGAAACAGCUGAAGCUAUUUCAUAUUUACAUUCUGCUGCUUCUAUUCCAAUCAUUCAUCGAGAUAUUAAAUCUGCCAACAUAUUAUUAGAUCAUGAUUAUAGAGCAAAAGUUUCUGACUUUGGGGCUUCAAGACUUGUUCCACUUGAUGAAAUUCAAGUUACUACUAUGGUUCAAGGGACACUAGGAUAUCUAGAUCCAGAGUACCUUCUUACAGGUCUGUUGAAUGAAAAAAGUGAUGUUUAUAGCUUUGGGGUCGUGCUUGUAGAGUUACUCACUGGGAAUAAAGCUGUUGAAUUCAGUAGGCCAGAACAGAGAAAUUUGGCAAUGUACUUCAUGGCUUCAAUGAAAGAAGACAAGUUAUGGGAGAUUCUUGACAAGCGAGUGUUGGAUCAGAAGAAUGCAGAACAACUAAAGGAAGUUGCUUUCUUAGCAAGGAGGUGCAUUAGAGUUAAUGGAGAGGAAAGGCCAACUAUGAAAGAAGUAGCGAUGGAAUUAGAAGGUUUGAUUGCCAUGGAAAAGCAUCCUUGGGUAAAGGGCAAGGAUAUGGUGUCAGAAGAAUGUGAAUACUUGCUUGGUCAUAUUGCUGAUGGAUAUGGGAAUGCUAGUGCUAGCAAUUCAACUAGCUAUGAUACCAUACAGAAACAAAUUGCAUUUGAGAUUGCAGAUGGACGGUGAUCAUUUCAUGUUAGUAUGUCUCAAUUGUUUGAGCUACACUUUCCACUCUUGUAAUCAGAACAAGCUUUCAAAAUACAUAAGAUAGGAAAUGGUAGAGUUGUUGGGAAUGUUCUGAUGUAUUAAAGGGCCAAUAAUAAGACUUAUGUUAGUAUUUCAUUUCACGCAUGGUUCAAUAUCGUUGGACAUGC